AUGUCCUUACUGCAGAAACUAGUCUCAAUGUUUCUCCUUUUUUUCCUCCUCCUAAUGUGCAUAAUUCCUUCUUUCUUUGCCUUUCCUCCUAAUCCCUCCGCUACUUCAUUUGGUGCUGCCAAAUAUGUAGCUGCCGAAGGUAAUAAAGAAUCGGAGGCUCUCCUAAAAUGGAAAGCAAGUCUUGAUGACAACCACAGCCAAUCUGUCCUGUCUUCUUGGGUUGGUAGCAGCCCUUGCAGGUGGCUUGGAAUCACUUGUGACAAUUCUGGAAGGGUCGCGGAUUUCAGCCUUCCACAUUUUGGUCUGAGAGGUACAAUUCAUAGUUUCAGCUUCUCAUCCUUCCCCAAUCUUCUCACACUCAUUCUCUGGAACAAUUCACUCUAUGGAACUAUUCCAUCCCACAUCAGUAACCUGACCAAAAUCACCCAAUUAGACUUGAGUGACAAUCAUUUCACAGGCAAUAUUCCACUUGAGAUAGGAUCACUGCAGUCUCUCAGUAACCUUGACUUGUCAUACAAUAAUUUAAUUGGUCGGAUUCCUUUUUCUAUUGGAAAUUUAAGAAAUUUAUCCCUUCUCUAUCUCUGGGAAAAUAAACUUUCUGGUUCUAUUCCUUCUUCUAUUGGGAACAUGACUAUGCUCACUCGACUUGAUCUGAGCACAAAUAAUUUAUCUGCAUCUGUUCCUCGGGAAAUAGGACAACUCGAAUCCCUUGUUGGAUUGAGCUUGUCCUUCAAUAAUCUCCAUGGUUCUCUGCCCCCGGAGAUGAAUAAUCUCACACAUUUGGAGAUUUUGCAAUUGUUUACAAACAACUUCACUGGCCAUUUACCACGAGACUUGUGCCUUGGUGGGUUACUUGUAAAUUUUUCAGCUGGCUACAAUCAUUUUUCUGGCCCAAUCCCUAAAAGCUUGCGAAACUGUACUAGUCUUUUUAGAUUUAGGCUUGACUGGAACCAAUUGACAGGGAAUAUUUCUGAAGAUUUUGGCCUCUACCCAAACUUGAACUAUGUGGACCUAAGUCACAAUUAUUUGUAUGGUGAGCUUACGUGGAAAUGGGGAGGUUUUCACAACUUGGCGAGCCUAAAAUUGUCAAACAAUAAUAUCUCCGGUGAGAUACCAUCAGAGCUUGGAAAGGCGACUGGGCUACAAAUGAUUGAUCUCUCGUCAAAUCUCCUAAAGGGGACAGUUCCAAAAGAAUUGGGGCAGUUGAAGGCGUUGUACAACCUUACUCUUCAUAACAACUAUCUUUUUGGUGUCAUUCCCUUUGAGAUCCAAAUGCUAUCUCAACUUCGUGCCCUUAAUUUAGCUUCUAAUAAUCUUGGUGGAUCAAUCCCAAAAAAACUGGGACAGUGCUCCAAUUUAUUACAGUUGAACUUGAGUCAUAAUAAGUUCAUAGGGAGCAUCCCAUCUGAGAUAGGCAGCCUACAUUUUCUUGGAGAUCUAGAUCUCAGUGGGAAUCUACUGGCAGGAGAGAUACCAUCACAAAUUGGGCAAUUGAAACAGUUAGAAACGAUGAACCUCUCUCACAACAAACUUUCCGGUUUGAUUCCAACUGCUUUUGUAGAUUUGGUGAGCUUGACAGCUGUAGACAUCUCCUACAAUGAACUAGAGGGCCCUAUCCCCAAAAUCAAAGGCUUCAAUGAAGCUCCAUUUGAAGCUUUUAUGAAUAAUAGCGGUCUCUGUGGAAAUGCCAGUGGCCUAAAGCCUUGUACACUUCUUACAAGCAGCAGCAAGGUAGCUAAGAGAAAGAGCAACAAAAUUGUCAUUUUGAUUCUUGUUCCCCUCCUGGGCAUUCUACUUCUACUACCUAUCAUGGUUGGGUGUUUAUACUUUCCCAACCGGAAACGUAGAGAAAGAAUUUCCUGUUUAGGAGAGCGACAAAGUCCACACGGUUUUGUAGUAUGUGGCCAUGAGGAAGAGAUCCUACAUGAAAAAAUCAUCCAGGCCACUAAUAAUUUCAACUUCAAUAACUGCAUUGGGAAAGGG